AAUUCAUUUCUCAAACAUUCCUAAACUAAAAUUAUACAAUAGAUUAAAAACUCUGUAUAUACUAAAAUAGAUUCGUAACUAAAAUUAAAUUCGAUCGUGUGAAGUAUUUUGAAAUACGAGUUAUGGCGGUUCCCGCCAUUUCGUCUGUCACGAAUGCAUGAUGAUUUUUACCAUGCGCUAGAUACCGCAAAUAGGGAUGUAGGGAUGUAUUUUAAUUUUUAUCGAUACUCUUUUUUAAUUUUGUAAGAUUUGGUAAUUUUCCAAGCUUUUAUUUUUAAAUUUUAAUUAUUUAGAUUGUGUUGAUUUUUGUCAUUUUGUGCAUUUAUUACUAUCUACUUUUGUAUUCAUAAAUGCAAAUAGUAAAUAUAUGUAUAAAAAUUCUCAAUUGGUUAAUGUGAAAUAAAUUAAACGAUUAAAAAAAAACAACUUACUAGUUGGAAUGUAGUAUUUUCUUACAGAUUUGCUUAUAUUUAAAAUUAGUAUUUUUUUUUUCUUAGCAUUAUUCUUUACUGUUAAUUUAAUUUUAAUUAAAAUACGGUAAAAUUUAAUUCUUUAUACUUUUUGAGGUCAAAUCUGACCCCUAUAACAAGAAUUGAAAUAGGUGAUGUCACAUGAGGAGUCCGAAUUUCUCAUAUUGCAACUGCCUUUUUUAACCCUCCAGGGGCAAUACUAUUGAAACCACAAAUCAGAAAUUGCCCCUUGUAAUAUUUGUUUUGUCAUAUUGUGCUGUACACUAGAGUAUUAAAAAUAAAUAAUGCUUUAUAUUACUUUCUAGUUUUAGUAGUCUAUUUCUUUCUAUACGUAAAAUGAUUGGGUACCUACUGUAAUGCUUAUGUAUCUUUAAAACUAGAUUUAAAACAAUUUAAGUUUAUUCUGCCUUAAAACACUUAAAUCACGUAAGUCAUAUUACAUAUGCGGUUUUGUACCGCAUAGCAGUUUUAAUGGUAAUUUAGUGUUGCGGCUAUAGAAUCACAACAGUCUGCUUAAUUUUUAGCGGUUUUUUGUUUACCAACACUUGUGAAUAAAUUAUAUGAAGUGUCUUUUGCUAAAAUUUAUAAAACCAAUAUGGUAGUAUGAUGAGUCUAACUUAGACAGCAUAAUAAACUUGCGUUCUGGCUUACCAACAGUUGACUUUAAAAGAAUAGAUUUAUCUCCUUAUUAAAGUUCUUCAAGUACCUAUAUAUUUCUUAUAAUUUACUUUAUGUAAACUGGUUAAGCCUGUUAAAAACAGGCUUCACUUUGUAAAAUACCAACUAAGUACUUGAUUGCAAUUUUGAUUACCGCAUCGAUUUUUGGUUUAUAUAUUGUUCUUGGAGGGGUUAAAAAUCGCAGCUGUUUUUAUGUUUAGGUAUGCCUCACGUAUCUUGAUGCGAUCACGCUCGCGUUCAAUAUUACGUCUUAUCAAUCAUAAGAUUUAUGAAAUAAAAAAAAUAUUUUUUCGAUAGUUACAGCAGACAUUAAAAACAAACAAACAGAAUUCAUAAAUUACAUUAUUUUACAGUCCACAAUAAAAAUGUAACUACGCCAAAUACAAUUCUUUUAAAGUCUUGAAGAUUUCACAUAAUAUUCAUACGAGUAUAAAUUACUAGCAGACGUCUCUGUUUCGCCCACAUAGUUCUCAUUCCCGAGAGAAUACGAAGAUAAAAUAAAGCCUACGUUACUCGCUGAUAAUAUAGCUUUUAAUUGGCGAUAGAAUUUCCACAAAACUGCCACAAAUUGCCACAAAAUUUCAAAAUUUUGUGGAAAAUUAAAAAAAAACACAAAAUAUCAAAUCCUCUAUAAAACGUAGUGUUGUGGUUGAGGGACGCAGAACGCAAGCGAGAACGCAUCAGUGUAGGCGAGGCUUUACACACAGUUUAUCUGCAGGCGCUAAGGUCACUGCAAUCAUGUGUGUCUAACAUUAAGUGCGACGGGGAGAUGGAGCACUGCAGCUGAGUACACUACAGAGCGGGGACCAUCGGAAGAGACGCAAAAUGCGCUGGAUUUUUCCCGUUCCAGUUCUCCUCAUGUCCUGGUUCGGAGUGGAGCAAGUAAAAGCCAACUCGUGCAUCCGGACUGCGUUGUGGGCUCUAAGUCUCACGCCCAUAGUACAGGCGGAAUGCCAAACCCGCACGAUCUACUGCUACGAGUGCGACAGCUGGACGGACGCGCGCUGCAAGGACCCGUUCAACUACACGGCGCUGCCGCGCGACCAGCCGCCGCUGCAGACCUGCAACGGCUGCUGCGUCAAGAUGGUGCGCUACUCCAAGAGCCCGUACGAGGUGGUCCGGCGCACGUGCACCUCUCAGCUUCAGAUAAACCUGUUCAUGGUGGACCACGUGUGCAUGAUGGAAAGUACAGGCACUGGCCACAUGUGUUUCUGCGAGGAGGACAUGUGCAACGGCGCAUCGACAGUCGACAUCACGCUGGCGCUCACAGCACUAGUGUUACUGGCAUGUGCAUGCUGCAGGUGAAGUAGGCGGCUAGUGACGGCUGAGCGGCGAUCGGUGUUGUCGAUUGUGCGGUUCUGUCGAUCGAUAUUUGUGUAGCGGUGGCUGACAUCGAUACCGGUAUCGAUGUCGGCAAAGUUAGUGAUGUCGUUUGGGAAAUAGAUAUUGGAUAACUUGGCGACUUCGAUUGGAAAAUUUAAUAAACCAAAGCUAAGUUAAAGAUGAUGGAAAGUGUAGUCGUUGUUGGAUAAGUAAUGUCUUUUAGAAACGAAUGUCGAAUAAUUUAGCUAUAAUUAUCCAGUCUGAUUCUUUAUCGAAUUAAGUUUAUCUUUGUCGCUGGAUAAUAUCCAUCGAGUUUGAUUGUUAAUUUUAAAUGAAAUUUACAAAGUUUGUUAAAAAUUCCCAAGCGAAAUGUUACGAAAUAUCCGAUUUAAAUAUCGAUUGUACAUAAUCGCCAAUCGAUAGAGCUUUUACAACACUAAUUCAAUAAAUUUUUGUUGUGCCUUUAAAGUAUCGUAUCGAUAUAUUUUUGAUUUGCGUCCGUUUUAUUACCUUCUAACCGCACGCAUGGCUAGUGUUGGGCACGAAUCAAAAUAUUGAUAACGAUACGAUCGGUCGACUGACUCAGCGCAACUCUAGUAAUAAUUAAAUUUUUCGUCCAAAAGUAGUGAGUAGACAUAGUAUUCGAAGGUGCUUAGUUUUCACAGCGCAUUUGGAAAAUAAUAUUAAAAAAAUAGACAAAAAGAUUCUCUUCUUAUACUAACAUUUCUUUUCAUUCACAUUCCAUUAUCUAAAAUGAACUUUUCGUAUACGAAUUGUAAUGAAAAUUGCUUAUCAUAAAAAAUAAAAAUUAAAGAAUAAAAAAUUGCGCGAUAAAGUCCAAUCGCUUCUGCUAUUUAUCUAUUGCCGAAGCGAAUAAUAUGAAAAGUUGAUGUUUUUAGUUGCAUUGGCAACUACUCUCAUCGGACGCGGCGGAAGACGAUCGUUAGCCGUGUUCUAAGCUGCUUUUUAAAACGAAUUUUCAACAAAAUUAAAUUACUUUUGUUGUUAAAAUAUUACUACAUUAUAUGGUCAUUAAAUGAGAGACCCCCCUGGAAAUAAAUCAAGACCUGAGUGAUAUUGUUAACAGCAAUAUACGUGAUACUUCGACGUUGGAUUGCAAUGCACCCUUUGUGCUGCACCCGUAGUACAUAAUGGCAAUGGCAUGACAAGGCGCGGGAUAGAAUAGGUACUCGUGUUCCUUAUAUCAAACUUUUUUUUUAAUUAUAAGUAUAUAACACGUACCUAAAAGUUUUAUUCAAAAUUAAGCGUGCAAGACCAAUUUUUGCAAGAGCCCUUUUACUAUUAAACUUUUAGAUCUAAAAACUAUCGAAGCUAUCGAGUGACUUUUAGUUAAAUAAUUAUUUGUACCUGUACUAAUGUCACCAAAUCUCGUUACAUUCUACAUUAUAUCUACUGUCAAAGCUACAUUUUUUCGACUACAUUAUAGUGCAAAUAAUAUUUUAUUUCUCUAAGGGUUACGUGUCAAUUUUUAAUUAACGUUAUCAAUCACAUCAGAACUUGCAACUAUUCCGAUGUUUAGGAAACCUAUCGAUUUAGCGUUCCUAUAUUAUAUCGUAUCGUAUAAAAACAUGAGUUUCAUUAAUAAAAGUCAAAAUUCAUUUAUUUCAAAUAGGGUUAGUUCACAAGCACUUUUGAAUCAUCAGUUUCAAUUCUAAUUUGGUGCGACCUUUAUCUUAUACUGCAUCGUCGUUGAAUAAAAAAAAUCCCAUUUCUGUACAAUACUGAACUUCAUAAGUAUUAUCGUUGCAGCGAGAUUUGGUGACAAGUAAAAAAGUUGGCUUCUUAUCUAAAUUAAAUCUAAAAUUAGUGUGAAAACUAAACGCUUAUAGUAAUAAAUAAAGUUUAUUACGAGCGAAAGCCAUGUCGUUAAACUAUAUUUAAGAGAAAUCGACGAUAAAUUAUAAAAUGUAGGUAGUUAUAAAAUAGUUAGCUCUCCAAUAUUCAAAUGAAAUUUUUAGCAUGUAAAUUAUUGCUCAGUCGCAUAGUGAUGGGACUGACUAUCGGAUGUCGAUAGUUUUGGACUCGAAGCCCUCGUCUUUGUUGUUGAAAUCGUUAUGCCAGUUGCUACAAGUUUUUAGUCUUUUUAGUUGAUUUUACAAAGCAAUUUUAAACCCUCUUUACAAAGUUUUUCCCUCUGUUACAAAUAAAGUAGUGUCAAAGAUAAAUACUACAAAACAGAGCUGAAAAUUGUAGCAGCAUUUAAUAUAACAGGACUAAUAGGGAAGCACAACAAACUAAUACUAAUACUAGUAGUUUGACAGAAUAAUAAGAACUAGCAGACGAUCAUAAUUAUGAAAUUCGUGACCAUUUUAACGUUUAAAAAUGUUGCUUGAAGCAAAUAAAUCUAUAUUACGUUUUAUGAUGCACAACACAAGUUUCUGCUUAGGUAAAUGGAAAACGGGCCUAUUUUAUAAUAAGUCAUAACAAUUCAUAUUAUGAGAAUAAACAUACUAAAUGUUUUUCUUUUUUAUAAUAAUAGCAUGAGACCUUUUGACACGAUUAUCGUACUGUUAACUGUACAACUGUUGUAAACAGUUACGAUAUCAACAACAAAGCAGUAACGCUGAGCUGAGUAGGGCAGCCGAAGUACACCGGAGUAACUAAUAAGAAUUGAAGCGCUAUUGCUGUACAGCGGUUGUAGAAUGAUACUAUAACCGUUAUACUUAUUUAAUAGCGUUCAAUUGUUAUUGUUCACUCUGUGACUUAGUUAGGAUGUCAACAGUUCCCGAAGCUUCUAACUCAUAGGUCCAAAUGAUAGACCAAAGUGAAUUUGCUCAUAGAUGCACUUAACAAUAGACGUGGAGCACUUAGGUAGACAAAUGAAUUACAAUGAGACAGAACUAGCACGGACUGCCGCAUAUGUAGGUGGAUAUAGCUGUCACUUAGACUAUAAUAACAAAGGUAGAGCUACCAGAACCUUGGCCUUUGGUGCCCAAUCAUCAAAGUGGUCACAAAGAGUAAAAAUAACUCUAUGGUAUGUCCCUUUACAGGUGUGGAAUGAUGCGAAAUUGUAAUAUCUAAUUGAAUAUCAAAAUACUGAAAUAAUUCUAUACAAACACAAUUUUCAAGUAUAUAAUUAUGAUAAAAUUUCAAAAUAUGUACCUGUUUCUUGUUUCGAUCUAAAUUAUUAACUAAAUUGUUAUUAUAUUACUUACUUAAUUUUAUAGUUUCUUACUUCGUUCGCAUAUCACUCGAGCUGAGUCUAUACAGAUAGUUCUGGCUCUACUGUAGCAGUACUAUGCAUAGUUUUAACACAUUAGUCACCACUUUGUUGUUGGGCACAGACAUUCAUAUGGUAAAAAACAAAUUGAUUGAAUUUUCGAUUGAUAAAGUAUAACUAAGUUACAUUUGUUAGCGGGAAUUGAUUUUUUUCUUAUUUUUAUUCAUUUUAUGUAUUAUUGUAUCUGACAAUAUCCUUUUUUAAUGGCUGUCAAUCAUUAUACAGUAUUUUUUACACAAUUUAAAUUUAAAUUAAAGGUAUUGUUUUUCAGUAACGCGAAUAAUUUUCUAAAAAGUUGCCCGAUUAAGGUAGAUUCUGAAAUUGGUUUAUUUUAAGUCAGAAAUUAUAGUUCUCAUGUAUAUACCUGUUAUCCGUGAACGUUAUAGCAAGGCCAAGGGUAAAAAGUGAUAUGGUAGUAAAAUAUGUAAAUUAAGAACGGUUUCUAAGGGACUUACUUUUUUAUAUUUACCUUUUCGAUUUUCGAUAUAUUCUUUUUAAUAUGUGUUAAAGAAAACUGGAUAUUAAAAAUAACAUAAACACCAAACAUAUAAAUUAUUUUUCAGUGAAAUGCACUAAAAAUUAAAAUUUUAAAUUUAUCUUAUUUUAAUUAUUUUGCUCAGUUUAUAAAAAAUAAAUAUAUUAUUUUCACUACAACUAAAACCAAAAUUUACAGUUUUGCAGUUAAAACGUAAACUAUAGUAUGAACCUAGUUUUAAUUUGUUUUUAUAUAGAGAUGGUUUAUUAUUUUUAGGAGUUUAUUUUGACAAAAAAAAAUUCUAAAUUGUUUAAACUUUGAAACGUCCAGUUCUCUUACACAUACCGUUGUUUGAGUAAAAUGCAGAGUAAUUAUUUAUUUAAUUAAAUAUAUUUAUUGCUGCAUUUUUGUACCUAAGAUAGUACAAAAUAUGAAAUAAUAUUAUAUUUAAUAUUAAGUGGGCGCGUGUACAAUAGAAUUCUUUUAACAUUAAAAAUCGAUUCCUAGACGCAAUAAAUAAUCAAUAAAGCAACCAGUAUAAUUUUUGUAACAUUUUAAAGAUAUUUAUAGUGUGGGUCUCGAGGGUUAGAAUAUAAAAUAAAUUGCUAGAUUUAGUGGGGCUAAUCAUAAUCCGGGGCUGUCAACCCUUUAAAUAAUAUGAUACUGUUUUAAUUUUGUAUCUUUUGUUAAUAAAACGCUACAAUUUCUUUAGAUAGUGAAUCGGAAAAUAACAGUGUGCCACAACAUGUCACACCGCAGUCAACAAGUCUGAACCACUUCAAUAUCAUUUCUUAAAAUAAACUUAUUUGAUUUGCAAUUAUAAGAGAUUUUAUACAAUGAUUUGCGCAACUUACGAGUAUGACCAAGCGUUAACAUUAAUUUAAAAAAUGCUAAUGUUUCACAAAACAUAUCGGAAGCAAUAAAUAUUAGAGUUAAAAUAUUAAAUAUACCUACUAAAAGCAAUUCUUGAAAGCAAUAAAAAAAUAUUUAUAAUAUACUUAUUUUAUAAUGUUGGCAGCCCUAUUCAUACCUCAUAAUUAUAGAUAUAUUAAUUUAGGAACAUAAACACCAAAUAAAUUUAAUCGUUAAUAUUAAUAUUGUAGAUAAAAAAUAUUUGUUAAGUUUUUUUUCGUUUUAAUAUUAUAUUGAAUAUGAAUGAGAUUAUUAUAUUGUAAAGAAUAUAUGUAUAGGAUAUAUUUAUUAUGAACACCUUUCCCCUUCAUAAAUUAAUGAUUAAUCUACAUUUUCUUGGUCAAGAAAAAAACAUAAUUUACACAUUUUAUCGACAUUUUUUAUCGAGAUCUUGAACGCCCUAUGCUUUAUAAUAUAAGUACGACAAAUAAUUAUCAGCGCUAUUUGCAAAAAACUGUCCUCAUCCUCCAUUUUAUUUAGUGUUAAAAAUCUUUACAUAGAUAUUAGUGUUGUGUAUAUAUUAUAUCGACAAGAAUUAUAUAUAAUCGUUAUAUCUUCCUAACCGUUACGUUAUUAGCUCGUUACUGAAAAUAACGUUAUUGUUAUAACGUUAUUAUUAACAUUAAAAAUAGUUUGUCAUUGCAUGUUCAGUUUUAUCUGAAUAGUAAUAAAGGUGACUUUGGCAUGAUCGCUGCACUGUAUGUAGUUGGCCUUACACCCGGCACUUGCUGUGAAAGGACUGCUAAUAUCAAAAUGUACUCGUGUAAUAUAGGUAUACUUUGCUACUUUUAUUGGAAAAGGAAAGUAUGUUUAUUAGUAAUUAUUAACUAUGUUUUAUGUACUUGUACUGAUGAUAGCUGGCAGUCCUAAUUGUAUGAAAUCUAAGAUAUUUCUACUUAUUUUUUCUAUAUUUAAUCAUAUGACCACUUGACGGCGAAAAGUAAUCAGAUCUCGCUAUGUUAAACAAAAACAUAAAUAAAUAGAUAUUAGAAGAUUUCAUUUUACGCAGUCAAGUUAAAAGACACACCAACUACAUUAAUAUAUUUAUUAUUAAACAUGAAUUUAUUUAUUUUAUUAGUAAAUGGAUUUUUAACGAACAUAAUGUGGUGUGUUUUUAAAAAUUUAUGUACUAAAUACUGUUAACUAAUUAAUUGCGUUCCCGCUUUAAUUUUAACUUAAUGUAUAGUGUAAGAAUGUACCUACCUAAUGAUGAAAUAUCUUUUGUCAUAAUAAAAUUUUCCUGGACAUAUUUCUAAGCUAUUUCGCGCAAAACUGAUAGAUAGCCAACAUGCAAUAAGCAUAACAACGAAUAAGUUUUAAGGAAUCCUAUUUUUCCGACAAACUUACUUACGCUUAAGCGCUAAUGUUGCUUUAAUGCGGGUUUGCCGUAAUUAAAAAUAGUACUUAAUUUAAUAUGACAAAAUAUAUUUCAAAUUACAAUUUUUCUUCAAUUUAAAAUUAUCUCUUUCACUUUACAAUUGCAUAUCACGCAUAGAAAAAACUAGCUGUUAUAAAAUUUUAUAGGUUAUUUAGAACAUUUCUUACAUAUCUUUGCAUUGGGCAUAUGCCUGGUAACAUGACGAGGCGAAUGACAUAAACUUAAGGACCUAGAAAUCUAUAAGCAUGUAUGUACCUAUUUCAAAUUAUCAUUAUAAAAUAACAAAUCAAUAACACUUAACUAAUAAUAAUAACGUUAUUUUUAAAAAUACCGUUAUUUAUACUGUACCUGUGUUUGGUUCACUAGUAUUACGUGUUCUCGUUAUUGAAUUUGUUUCUAACCUAACUUUGCACUUAUUUCACUGUUAAAAGCUAAAACUAACCGCUUUAAAUUAACUCGUUACCACCAGAUGAGUCGACGUUGUCUUUACGCUAGUGUUUCGGAAUACGCUGAAUAUGUUUUAUUGUUUAGCAUCAAUUUUUAUUAUUAAACACAAAUAAACAAAGAUUUAUUCAUUUUGUUUAAUGCGUAGUUUAUUACAAUGAAACAUUGCAUGCAUAUUCCGAAGCUCAUCACCAAAACACACUGUGACCUGUCUGUUUAUUUUUCACAUGUGAUUCGAUGGUUCGAUAAUUAUGGAAAAUGUCCCAAUUAUUCAGAAUUUGUGUACGAAUGUAAAAUUUAAAUGUUCAGUCAAAAUACCAGUUUAUUAAUGUACGAGUUUCAAUGCCUCUAGUACUUCUGCCAACUGUUUGGUUUCUUUGUUAGCCUUUCUUUGAAACAAAGUAUUUAUGUAGCAUUAAUAAGUGCCUAAUGUUAUUUUUCUCACAAUUCUUAAUAUUUGGGGCACAUCGAGUAAAAUCAAUUAAUUGCCGAUCGGCAAACUUCGAAAAUAAGUAUGACGACCGGUGUUUAUUUAAUUUUACUGCAAUAAUUAAAGUAUUCUAUUAUUUAUUAGUAUAUAUGUUGUAAUUCGAUGUUUUUGAACUACACUAAUUAUAAACAACGCUUAAAUGUGGCUAUUGAGUAUAUCAUUUGUUAUUUAUUAAUAAUUCAAAUAUGUAUUAUUGUUUAAUCUUGAUUGUUAUUUAAUGUUUAAAACGUGAUUAUUAGUAUGAUGUAUUCAACGUUGUGUUAGAUAAAAAUAAAAUAGUAUUUGUAUAAUAUUAUACGUUCUUUUAUACGGUUAUGAAUGUUAAGUUAAAAAAAUAGUGUUACUCUGGAUACCACAAGGUACAAUGUUCGUGUAUUUAAAUUGAUUUAAUUUAUUAUUUGUGUAUAAAUGAUGUAUCUUUACAAUACUGUUUUGCAUUGAUGAAAUAUCAAUGUUUUUUUUAUUCGAAAUUUAAAUAAUAACCAAAAAUUCAUGGCUAUCGAUAAAAUUCUAAAGUAACAUCACUAACUAUAAUCCAGAAGCACAUACCUAAUACUGUGUUGUGUAUGAAUGAUAGGUAGGUAUGUAUUCUCAAUUAAAAAAUUGAUUGAAUUGCAAUAAUAAAUAGGUACCUAAACCGUUUAUAACGAUUUAUGGACAAAAUCGCCUAAAUAAAACUUUUGAAUAUAUUUAAAAUUCAAAUCUUGUAAUUUUAUCGUCUAUUUAUUUCAAUCUUAAUUAUUAUCAAUUUAUUUGUUUCAUAAUUAAAAGUGCAAGAGCAAUAAUAUAGGCUCAUGCUAGAACCUAAACCUGUAGAGCCAAGUGAAAAAAAUAAUUGCCGUAAUUUAUAAAUCGAACAUGAGAAUCUUAGUGUGAAACGUUAUCUGGCUGCAAGUUUAUUUAAAAGGAAUAUAACAAUAUUUUACCAACACUGUAAAACAACACUGUGUGAGUGCGGGAGAUUGCCAGCCGACUUGUAACGAAGUACCUACACUUUACACAAUAUAUUAUGUCCAUUAGUGAUGAACUGCGAUGAAGUGUAAGUGUGGUUUCCGAAUAUGUAAUUUUUUUUUUUGUAAAAAUAUUGUACAUUAUAGAAGAUUACAAUACAAAUGCCAGUUUGGAUUAAAAAAAAAGCUAAUUUUGCUGACAAUAAAACAGUGCAGUAUUA